AUGCCCCCAAACGGGCACGACAAGCGACGAGCUUCCUCCGCCGAAUCUCCCGGCUUAGAUCCCUCAGACCGUCCACAAAAACACCCUAAGCUCGACAAAACACCGCUCACCCCGCGUGCCUCCUUCCUAGGCCUCCCCCGCGAGCUCCGCGACCAGAUCUACAACCAAUUCUUCUCGAUCCCCAACUACGACGACCCCUUCGACCGGCGCAUCGAGCGCGAGCGCAGCGACGUCUACAGCGGGACACCGCGCUCGCUCGGCUGGCUCCUCGAAGAGCCCCUCCUCCAAGUGAACGAAGCGAUCUCCUACGAAGCGACCGAGGCCCUCUUUAGCAACCACACCGUGCUCUUCGUCUGCGGCCCCAGGGUCCUGCUCGACGUCCUAAGCGCGCUGCCCAGAUCCCUAACUCAGAAGCUCCGCCGCAUCGAGCAUUUCUGGCUCACGCCGCCUCGCGACCUGUAUGACACAAUCUACACGAUCGACGAGGAAGAGCUGGGCCCACUGUUCCGCUUCUUCUCGCGGCACCUCCGCCUCGCCAGCCUAACCAUCCCGCUCCAGUUCCUCGGCACCGAAUACCGCGAGCUACCCCCCCGAACCUGGUACUCCAUCAUGUGCGCCGUCCGCAGCGUAGGCCUCCUUCUAGCCGGCACCCUCUCGCAGUUCGACAUCCGCUACGAGCCCCGCAACAUAAUGGCUUUGGUAGAGCGGCGCGUCGAGCUGCACAAGAUGAUCGCGGCGGAGCCGCAGGAGUGGGACCUGGUGCACUACGAGGCGCUCGGGGCGGUGCAGGACGAGAUGGAAGCACGCGGGUGCGAGAUCAGGCUGGUGGAUCUUGUGGUGGGGCUGCGGCGGCAGCCGAGAACGUGGGAGGAGGAGGGCGAGGAGGCGGUGAUUACGUUGAGGGCGGAUUUGGAGCGCGAGGGCUGGGAUUGCGUCAAGAGGAAGUAUGAGUGGCAGUGUGAUAGGGAAUGGGCGCGGUUGGGGUGGGACUGA